AUGCGGCGAGUGGUAAUCACAGGCCUGGGCGCCAUCACCCCCUUGGGCGUGGGCAUCCGCCGCACCUGGACCCGACUUCUUGCUGGCAACUGCGGAAUUGUAAGCAUCGCGAACAGAGAACCUUCUGCGCGUUGGGGAGAGCUCCCCAGCACCGUGGCUGGCGUUGUGCCUGAGGGCAGCAAGCAUGAGGGCGGGUGGCAAGCCUCGGAUUGGCUUGGACGAGGCGAAGAGCGCCGGAUGGCACGGUUCACACAAUACGCCAUUGCUGCGACAGAUAUGGCCCUUGAAGAUGCUGGAUGGAAACCAAAUACAAAAGAGGACUGUGAGGCAACGGGCGUAUGCUUGGGAAGCGGGAUUGGCAACCUCGAGGGGCUUUACAACACCAGCGUAGCUUAUCACAAAGACGGUUACAAGAAAGUAUCACCACUAUUUGUUCCACAGCUCCUGAUCAACCUAGGGGCGGGUCACAUUUCAAUGAAGUAUGGUUUACAAGGACCUAACCAUGCUGUCACGACUGCAUGUACUACUGGUGCCCAUGCUAUCGGUGACGCCUCACGAUUCAUCGCUUUUGGAGAUGCAGAUGUCAUGGUUGCUGGAGGAUCCGAGUCUUGCAUCCACCCGCUUGCCAUCGCAGGAUUUGCAAGAUCGCGUUCCCUGGCUACAGGCUUCAAUGCCGACCCUUCAUCAUCCUCACGGCCAUUCGACCGAGACAGAUGCGGAUUUGUUAUUGCCGAGGGUGCGGCUGUUGUUGUCCUGGAAGAGUUGGAGCAUGCUAAAGCUCGUGGAGCUGAUAUUUAUGCUGAAGUACGAGGUUAUGGAUGUAGCGGAGAUGCAUAUCAUGUUACCGCGCCAAGGGAAGAUGGAGUAGGGGCCCUAUUGGCAAUGAAGAGGGCUUUGAGGAACGCAGGCAUACGGCCCAAAGAAGUCGACUACAUCAACGCACACGCAACCAGCACUCCACUCGGUGAUGCCGCCGAGAAUGCGGCCAUCAAAACACUCAUGCUUGGCGAGGAGGGAGUACAGAGAGAAACAGACAUUGCCAUGAGCAGCACGAAGGGCGCCAUUGGUCAUCUCCUCGGAGCUUCGGGUGCAAUUGAGGCAGUAUUUGCGAUCCUGGCCGCCAAAGAGAAUAUCAUGCCGCCGACUCUCAAUCUUGACAACAAAGACAUUGACUUCAACUGCAACUAUAUACCCAACUCGGCACAACGAAAGAUUGUCAACGUCUCACUUUCAAAUAGCUUCGGGUUUGGGGGUACCAAUGCUUCAUUGGUAUUCUCUAAAUACCGAUAG